AUGGGUUCGUCUAAAAGAGCGAAAGGUUCUUCUAUGCUUUAUUUUUCUCUUGCUACUGUUGCCAUUGUUGCAAUUCUCGGGCUUCUAGUGCCUAGUUUCUAUGUCUCGGCUACAGGUCGUGUCGGUUUCAGUCUUACCGUCCCCAGAAGUAUUCUGAAGUACUUUCCAAACCUCAAGAAUGAUGAUCAGCAUCAAUACCGAGCUCAGAUCUUCUCAAGAGAUCCCCUGGUUAUCUACAUCCCGGAUUUCAUAAGUGAGGACGAGAUAGACUAUGUCCUUGACUAUAGCGAGCCUUUAUAUCAACCAUCGAAGGUCUACGGGGGAUUUGACAAUCCACCUAUCAUGGAUGAAAAAAUGCGCCGCUCCGAGCAAGUCAUCAUGGACCGCAAAGACCCCAUCGCCCGUCGUCUCGCACAGCGAGCCAGAGAGUUCCAAGGCUGGCGCGGCAACACCACCUAUGUGGAGUCUCUAUCAGUCCAACGAUACAGCCUGAACGGAUUCUACAACUAUCACUACGAUCCGGACGGUUAUAUCACUGAGGGAAACCGCGUUACAAGCUUCAUGAUCUACCUCACUGACAAUUGUACGGGAGGAGGUACCAAUUUCCCGUUCCUGACGCAACCGAACGAUACGAGGUGGUGUGAUGUAAUUGAAUGCGAUGAAGAGGCAAAAGAUGGCUUUCAGGGAGUGACCUUUAAGCCGGUCAAGGGAUCAGCUGUGUUUUGGGAGAACUUCUAUCCUAAUGGAUCCUGGCAUAAUGGUGUUUAUCAUGCCAGUUUGCCGGUCAAGUCAGGGGUUAAGGUCGGGUUGAAUAUAUGGUCAUGGGAUACAGCCUGGAAAGCUCCCGCAGAGGAGUAG